ACGGAGGGGAGGGGCUCUCCGAUAUCGAAAAAUGUACAACGAAAUAAAGAGAAACCACAGGCGGCUGUACGGGGCUGUACACCGACGACGAGAGGCUCCGCGCCGUCAUGGCUGGUCCGUGAUCCUCGCCCAAAUCGGGGAUUGCCCACUAUGACCACACCGACGUAAAAGACACCCCUUCUUUAAGCCCAGCAACUCUAAAAUUUUAUUUAUUUUCUGAAGAGUCCUCUAAAUAAGCAGCAGCGACUUCGAGCAGCUUGAAGAAAUGGGCAAAGCUGUAGAUAUGGCAAGGUCAGCAAAAUCAGAAUCUGUCAAAGUCGUCGUCAGGUGUCGGCCACUUAGCGAGCAAGAAAUCGCUGAUGGCCACGAAAGGAUCGUUGACCUGUACCCGGACACUGGCGUCGUGACUAUUCGAAACCUUAAAGCAGGGGAUGCCGAUUCUGUGAAGCAAUACACUUUUGAUGCGGUCUACGAUUGCAACUCGAAACAGGUGGAUCUCUACGACGAGACAUUCAGGCCUUUGGUUGAAUCUGUGCUUCUGGGAUUCAAUGGCACCAUUUUUGCGUACGGUCAGACCGGCACUGGGAAGACUUACACUAUGGAAGGAAUUCCUAACAACCCCGAGUGCCGUGGUGUCAUUCCCAAUUCCUUCGAGCACAUCUUCAGCCAUAUUGCAAGAUCUCAUAAUCAGCAGUACCUUGUCAGGGCUUCGUAUCUUGAGAUUUAUCAGGAGGAGAUCAGAGACUUGAUCUCAAAGGACCAGUCAAAGCGGUUGGAGCUGAAAGAGAGGCCUGACACUGGAGUUUACGUUAAAGACUUGUCUUCAUUUGUGUGCAAGAGCAUCAAGGAGAUUGAGCACGUCAUGGCAGUUGGAAACCAGAAUCGAUCCGUAGGGGCUACAAACAUGAACUUGCACAGUUCAAGAUCGCACGCUAUAUUCAUAAUCACCGUGGAGCACAGUGACCUCGGACCGGAUGGCAAGCAUCACAUCCGCGUCGGGAAACUUAACCUCGUUGACUUGGCUGGCAGUGAGAGACAAGCCAAGACAGGAACGUCCGGCGAUCGGCAAAAAGAAGCCAUCAAGAUCAACCUUUCGCUUUCUGCGCUGGGCAACGUCAUAUCAGCGCUGGUGGAUGGAAAAAGUUCCCACGUGCCUUACAGGGACUCCAAGCUUACGCGGCUACUACAAGACUCUCUCGGGGGCAAUGCAAAAACCAUCAUGGUCGCCAACAUUGGUCCAGCGAGCUACAACUACGAGGAGACGCUGACGACGCUAAGGUAUGCCAACCGGGCGAAGAACAUCAGGAACAGGCCGCGUGUGAACGAAGACCCGAAGGAUGCAUUGCUGAGAGAAUUCCAGCAGGAGAUAUCCAGGUUGAAGGCCCAACUGGCAGCCCGAGACAUCAAAAAGAAAAAGAAACGGCCGUCGUCCAAGGAGGUGUCCCCUGGAGCAGACGAACUGACCGACGGCGACGUAGACGACGAUCGAGCCACGUCACCGUCGUCCAUGCAACUGACGCUGGACGAGGAAAGGGUGGCCAUCUUGAAUGACCACAGUCUCAUAGCAGAGGAGCGGGAACGCCUGUUGGGUGAAGUGCAGAAGCGGCAGGAGCAGCUGCUACGGGAGCAGGAGGCGGCCGACAAGCUGGCCCUGAAGGUGCGCGCCAUGGAGAGCAAGCUCCUGUCGGGCGACAAGAACAUCGUCGACCACACCAACGAGCAGCAGCGGGCCCUCGAGCAGCGACGCCAGGAGAUCGCCGAGCAGAAGCGGCGCGAACGGGAGAUGCAGCAACAGCUUGAAAUGCAAGAGGAGGGCACCUCGGAGAUAAAAGAGACUUACACAUCGCUCCAGCAGGAAGUCGACAUCAAGACCAAGAAGCUCAGAAAGCUGUUUGCAAAGCUGCAGUCAGUGAAGACCGAGAUCCAGGACCUCCAAGAGGAACACUCGAAAGAACGACGCGAUCUCGAACAGACCCAGAACGAACUCACCAAGGAACUCAAACUCAAAUACCUCAUCAUCGAAAACUUCAUCCCACCUGAAGAGAAGGUAAAAAUUCUUUCGCGAGUUGUCUACGAUGAAGACGAGGAUCAGUGGGCUCUGCUGCCACUCUCCGAAGUUCCAGGGGCUAUGGAACCGCUGAGACCACCUUCAGCUAAGUCAAGCCUCAAGUCAAAGGGCGAGCACAUCCUACAGGUGGAACUGGACAUGCCAGUGAGAACGACACGAGACUACAAUGCCCCCGCCAUGUCGCCCCAUCUCAAGGCCGUGCUGGACGAUGCCUUGAGGGAAGAGGAAGACCUCGACAUCGAUGCCAGUCUAAGCAUCUUUCAACUGCACGGUGAACCGAGACAAAACCGAAGAGAGAAAAGUCAUCGCUCUAGGUCAAAGUCGGCACGCCACCGCCAUCAGGAGCCACCGGACUUGGCUUCCGAUGCGUCGUCGUCGGCUGCGAGCAAUUGUUACCCCGAGUCAAGAGGGUUGGUGCCCAAGUGAAUGUCAGAGCCCCUACAGGAUCCACAGAAGACGGCCACUUUCCUACUGCUAGUGCAACUCCUGCUCUUCUUUGCCGCUUGCCUAGAGUGCUCGCUGCGCAGAUGAAACCGCCAUGUUGUGAUGCUGGAACCCGUCACGUUCUUGCAUGCAUUGUGACGGUAGAACGCAUCACAGCCUAGUACUAUGAGGUGUGACAGUGGAAACUGUCAUGCCAUAGCGUGCAUCAUGACAGAGGGACGUGUCACUGCUCAGCAUGCAUUGUGACGGUGGAACCCGUCACGUCCUUGCAUGUGCUGUGACGGUGGAACCUGUCAUGGUGUAAGGUGUGACGUGUAGAAACAGUCACGGCUUAGCGUGCAUUAUGAUGGAGGGACUUGUCACUGCUCAGCAUGUGUUGUGACGUACUGUGACAUUGGAAACUGUCACGGCUUGGUAUGCGUCAAAGGGAAUGAAAGCCUAGUUUCCGUUCAAGGAUGCUAGGACCGUGGCAAUGGUCCAUGCAUGCAUCUAGCUUUCAUUUGUCGAAAUCAAACUGUGGCUAGUUUCCUGGUGUGAAGCAAUGAGCCUGCAUCAGAAAUCGAACGCAGCUUUGUUUUGUUCUUGAGGGAAAUGAACGAGAUGGCAAAAUCUUCCACAGCAAAGCUUGUGUGUGCUGUGUCUAGGGGGGCAGCAUGUUAACGCCUUUAGAGAAGCCAUCGUCACGAAAUGCACGUUUGCAGGUGGAAAUAAUGUGAUGAAAGCUCUGAACUUGUGACACAACUGUCACGAUGCAGGAUAUGAUAUGAGUUGCCAGACCAUGAAUGUUUCCUACACGUCUUAUGCGUAGCAGCGUUUUCUUUGUAAUACUGAGAAACAGUGAUGGCCAAAUUAUAAAAAACUGGCUAAUUGAUAUAAUUUUGCUUAUUGAGACGAUUUUGUUGUCCUAUUUCCGAACACAUGUGCAGCCUCAGGUGAUCUCCCCAAUGGUGCGCACGUGUACUUGAAUUUUCUGUUGAAAAAAAAAAGCGAAAGAUGGGAAUCGACCGGUUCCAAUGUCAUGUUUUUUACCGACACACAAGCAGCAUGUUGAAACUCAUUUUCAGCGUAGCUCCCUGUCAGAGGAAACGCACCAGCUUUCAGUUCAGACUUGAGGUGCGCUGCAUUUGCGAGCAUAAAGAAAAGUUAUGCGCUGCGCAGCCAGGUUGACAGUUGGAUGACCUGGUGACUAAUCAUUACAAUGUGUGUGUGUGUGUGUAUGCGUGAAGCAGCGCAUGAAACAAGAUAAAGCCGAGAGACACAAGUGAGUGUUCUGUUUACCUGCAUCUCCGAUUUGUCCCGUUAUGUGCGGUGCUUCACUCACACGUUACGAUGAUGUGCCGUAUAGCUGCAUGAGGAGGAACCAAUGCCAUCUAUUCUACAAGUGCUCUCCAGAAAAAGUCAGAUUUUCCUGGACAUGUCACAGAGAGAAAGUUGCUCUUAUUAUGCACAUCUGUUCUUACUAACAACAACAGCCAUGAAAACUGCACUGUAUGCGUGUCGAAAUGCAGCCACAUUGCUUUGCAAGAUGCAUCUUGUGACACCUCAUAAUGUUUUAUGACGUGUGACGUUUAAACCACGUUAGGAAAAAGUGUCAAUGCGGUGCACCUCCGUGACUCUGUGCCCAGUGCCCUAUUUUCGGUUUUUGAUCUGUAAAGUUGUCGUGAAACAUUUUGCUUAGCGUGGAACAUUAAUUGUCAGAAAAGGACUGUAAGAGAACGGUGGUCUGUACCGUGUUUGAAACAUUCCAGAGUACCGAUUGUACUUCAGUUUUGUGACACCAGCGAAAUCCUAUCACACGAGACCUCUGUGUGAGGCACUUUUAAAAUUCCCAGUAAGCGAUGUUCAUGUACGCAUCUGCUUGCGAGGUCUUUAAUGUGUGUUUUUCGUUAGCGUACAAGUAUUGAUGCACAAUGUGCUACUGCUUUUUCUAAAACAAGAAGCUACUGAGUGUUUGUGUCACAAAAGUUGUCAUGUUAAAAGCUUACCGAAGUCAAAACCAGUAUGAUGCAUUCCACGGUUUAGUGUCUCACUAUGUCACGAAAGUCGCAAUUUAACUGUGCCUGACGGCAACGAUGUUUGACCGAGCCGUACGUCUGUGGUAUGAAUGUUGUUGUGCAAAACCAGUCACAAAUAAGCCGUGCUUAGCCUGGGCGUGAACUCAUGGGUUGAGGGCAAAACUGAUUUGUAAUAGAUGCCAUGUUGUGUGCAUUCAGCUGCUUGGGUGCACAUGUGAUCGUUUCCAUUGCCAGCCACUGUCAUCGGAAUCCAUUCCGUUUCUUGACUGCAUGUAGCAAUAGGAAUAACCUCUUCUAUUUGCAUAGUGUAAAUGCUAGCCAGCGUGAAAUGUGUGAUUACGAUGGUCAACUAUCUGCUGUCUGUACUUGCAGCAGUAUGCUGCAAAUGUGUACUUUUUAACCUUGUGUAAGUGUACUGUGCUCUUGGCAAUUCUGCUAUGCUUCAAGAGAUUGAACACAUGAAAGGUAGUAACAUAUUGGAUUUUUAAGAAGAAAAACACUCCCAGACCUCAUAAAAGAGUGCAAGCUUUUUAGGCAUCGCUUUGGUACUGCUCAUAUCAAUUUUUUCCGCUGCGGCGAAGCUCGAGCUGUGAUAAGCAGCAGCCAAAGGCUAGAGAUAAGUGUGUUGUAUGUAUAGAGCUAGGUAGCCGUUAUCAGAGGCAUUUUUGUGCUUCGCCAAUGCUUCCUGUAGCCAUGUCCCAUGAGUGUACUUCGUUUGAGCGCUUAACGAACUAUGCUCAGGUUCCCCUGCCUCCUUACCUCUUUCAUGUAGAAAAAAGUGAUGCAUAACGAACGGGGCCUGUGAGGGUGCGAAGUCAUUCAAACUUGCAUUCGACUGCAAAAGCUUGCGGUCCACAGAAUUCGAGAAAACGUUGAAUUUCCGAGCUGCUUUUGGCUGUAGCCAGAGUAAAAUCAUGCAGCACUACGGCAAGACUAACAGCGUAUGAAGUGCGAUUAAUUUAGGAUGACGAUUAGUACAGACUGGUAAUGCAGACAGCAGGCCGUGUCUCGAGGCUGCGGAGAUAGUCAGCCUUUACUCGGGUCUCGCGGUCUGUAAACUUUCGAAUUGCUGUGAUCCCUCUCUCCAAGUUUUUCUUUUCACACAUUAAACCUUGGCAUUUCAAGCGAAAGCCCUUAAGUAGCCACAGUGUUUCUAGGAAUGGCUUAUUUGACAGUAAAUUGUACUCUUUUACACUCUGCUUCAGAGGCAGCGAGGAACUAGGCAUUCAGCGAUUGGCGUAAAAUUGAGAACAUUUGCUUGUGUCUGGUUUCGGUCCAACUAGUAUGUGCUUAUAUAGCCUAGGAAAACGGAACUCUUAUAGAAAAUCAUUGUGCAAUGCCUGCUUAUCCCAAUGUCAUCUUUUUUUUUUUUCACCUACACUAGUUGGUCCUGUCAAUUAGUCUACCUCUGUCUGUGCCACAAACUAAAAUUCAGGAAAGAAGAUGACUUUUAAGGGCUCAUUUUUCUUUGUGAGACACAAUAUCAAUGAGAACUAACAGACAAUAAUGCCAAGGAAAGUAUAGUGGACGUUAUUUGAAGUAAUUUAUAUAAAUGUGAAGAAAGUAAAG